AUUCGAGACAUCCUCAAUUGCUUUGUUAACGUGUGGAUAUCAUUUUGUAGAGGUUCGGCGAAACGGCACAAAACUGUGAGCUUAGCUUUGUUUGUCAUUGUCCAUUGAUUACACAUUGUUUUUCAUUUUAUUAGCACAUUUUUGCUGCAAAAAUUGGUUACUUUUUGUCUAUGAAUAGCGAAUUAUUUGUUCACUAUUGCAAGCUGCAUUAAAAAUUAAUAAAGUUAUAUUCGUACUCUUAUAAUUGCAUUUCAUUAUCUUUGCUGGCUGCAUAAUAAUUCGGGACUGUGAUCAUUAACAACUUAAUUGCUGCACAGAAAUGUUCAUUAUUUUCUGUUUAUAAAUUCACUAAACCACUUAAUAACUGUUUUUGAUCAUUAGCUAACACAAUUAUUCAUUUUACCAACAUUCCUAAUGAUAUAUACAUAAUUUAUAACUCAAUCAUUAAGUUAACGAUUAAUAGCUUCUCUCCGAUGGACUGCUAAUAAGCCGCUGAGCUGUGAUGUCCAAACAUAAACCUUUAACUAAACCUACAGCUGGCACCAUCACACAUUAUGCAGCGGAAAUAUUCCGACUCCGCUACCCCGACCCCUCUCCGACCAAACCUCUUAAACCUCGACUUCUUAAACCUCGACUCUAUUAACGAGACGAAAGUGAGCGCCGCCACGUCCGUACCCACCUCUCCUAACCAGAAUGGGGGAGGUCUGGGAGUUCUCAAUCUCAAGACACGCCGACAAUCCACCUUCAGGUCAGCCCUGGACCUAGGAGACUUGAUAAAGAACACGGUGCAGAAAGCGAUGGUUCAGAAAAACGGGAAGGGGUUUUUACAAUUAAUUUAUCGGAACAAUCUUACUCAGAAGAACGAUUUAUUGCAGCUUAUCAACGAUAAGAUUAUAGAAUCUGGACAAGUUUUGGGUUCCUAUAAGCAAAUAGAAAUAUCAGACGAAGAGUUGACACCACAUCUCAAAUCAGAAGAUUUGAACAACACGGACGCCAGAGGACAGACAGCGCUACAUUUAGCAGCUCAGUACUGCUCAAAAAGUGUCCUAAACAAGAUGUUGGCAUCAGGAUCAGACCCUUUAAAGCGAGACAUUGACGGUCUAACCCCGUCUCACUUUGCUGCAAUAGCCGGUAACGUGGAGACGUUUGGCGAGUUGCCAAAAGCCUGUCAUACCAUGGUGGACAGUGUUGGGUGCCGGAUGCCCAUACACUAUGCUGCUAUCUGUGGGAAGAUGGACAUCAUGGACAUGCUCAUCUCUUAUGCUAACCAACAUAUCGACACAGAAGACGGCUACGGAAGCACACCCCUUGUACUCGCUGCAAUGUACGGGCAUCCUACCGUUGCCGAGGAAUUGAUAGUGAGAGGAGCCAGCGGAGACGUGCUCAACAGGAACCAAAUACCAGCAGUCACUGUUGUUAACCAGUUCUACGACAAACUUGGGGAGUUGAUGCUCGACAGGUACAAGAAAUAUGACGAAUACUCAAACUCUAUAACUGUUAACUUGGAGCCACUAGUAAAGAGAGACAUUAAUGCUGGAAACUCCAAAGAACAAUAUUCGUUUUAUCAGGUGAUGAUCAGCACAGCUAGUAACGACUCCACCAACCACCCUGUCAUCAGAGAACUGACUGAUAAAAAGUGGAACCUGUACGCUCAGAGACGCUUCAUCUUACAGCUCAUAGUUCUAGCGAUGUUCAACAUAUUUUGGACCUCAAUCUACGUGUGGCCCCACACUCACGGCUCAGACAAGCAUCUCCGGAUCAUGGGGAUGGUCAUCAUGUUCAUCGGGGGUUUUAGCAUCUUCGCCCAUAUCAUUGUGAACGCUUACAUUGUCAUCAAGAAGAAGAUGUUAAAUAAUUAUCUCACAAAGAUAAUAAACCAAGCGUACGAGUUUGAGAAAGCAGCAAAACACCCUUUAACAGAAUCCUCUUUCAAACACGUUAAAACAGAAAACAAAAAACUAAUGAAGAGGAGAUCGUUUGUGUCUACGCUGGUGAUAUUUGGAGUAAAGUGCCUCAUUGAUAGCUUGUGGAUGACGUUUUUAGGUAUGAGGGUAAACGCGUUUCUACAAGGAGACGCAGACCAUCACGACGAAGGAGAAGGAGGUGAAGGGAAUGAAACAGAACCUGAAGCUGACAAUUAUUUGAGCGAGACUUCUAUGUACCUCAUCGUAAGCGACAUCGCGGUAUCGAUCCUCCUGAUAAUGAUCUGGAUCCAGCUGUUUGCAGCGUGCUCCAUCUCCAAGAGUGUGGGGAGAUUUGUCGUCUUCACGCGCGAGGUGGUUAGAGACGUUGCCCAGGUAUUCUCUGUGUACGUGGUGCUGUUCAUUCCCAUGACUGCUAUAUUCUGGAAAACUAUCUACACACAUGCCGAAGCUGGAUACCACAUAUUUUGGUACGACGUGCCAUUCGUAGUACUAAGAAUGUUGGUAGUAGACUACGACUACGAGAUGGGUAAGAGUUCCGCAGAGAGGGUUAAGAUAGGACCCUGGUGGGAUGUUAUAUCAAUCAUGUGGCUACUUCUCUCAGCUAUGAUCAUGUUAAACCUAUUUAUUGCUCUCAUGACUGACCGGUACACACGUCUCGGAGAAGGAGCAAUGGCUAUGUGUAGUUUACAGAGAGCACAAUUUGUGUCCAACUGUGAUUGUAUCAUGGGAAGGAAUGCAGUGAGAAGUUACUCUGAGAAAAUACUCCGAGAUUCACCAGUUGUCACGAUACAGCUUGAACAUGAGAACCAUCAGCACGAGGACGUAUUAAACGAAGUCAAGACUUUAACAGAAAAAAUAGACGAAAUCUCCAAAAAGUUAGACCAAAUGUCCGGUCAAUCCAAGAACCUCAACACUCCCAGCCCUUUUUCGAGGCAGACAAGUGAAGCUCAAGACUUCUUUUCAACAAAAGACAAUAUUACACCUUCCAACAUUACCAAAAUUACCAAAAACAUUUCCAAAACUAAUUCAGAAGAACCACCACAGGUUACCCCUGCGUCUGUCAAUAAAUUCAGAGGACUGUUAAGUAAGUCUCAGAGUCUUAAAUCGCCCAGGAGUUAACCUUAACUCUUACUUCACACGUGACAGUGAAGCUGGGGUGAAGUUGAAAUAUCACUUAAAGUUUGGUUGACUAUUUGUUAGGUUGUUAUAAGUUUGAAAAUGUCAGAUUAAAGAAGGAGUGUUUGGAAGCUUCGAGAAGCUUCGAGAAGUUCAGCUCGAGAUCCACUCCUGAUCAUGGACGUGUUUGUUUUGGGACGAGUAAAAGACUUGGAUGAUCAGUAAAUAAAGACAAAUAGAAAUGGAAAGGAAUUCAGUCAAUUUACAGUAAACAGCUACUAAAAAAGAACAAAUCCAUACGAAAGCAACGAUUUGACUUGUAGUUGCAAUUGCAGUGGAUCUUCAGCACACCUUCCUUAUAUUAUUGGAGGAUUUGAAAUGCGUGUCUCUUAACAAUUUGCAAAUACCUUUUAUUUAAAGGCCAGUAUCGUUUAAAGUUUGGCCGAUAGUUUUGAUAGAAAUCAAUUUUGUAAUUUAGCGAUGCAGUGUUAGCAAUUUAAGUGUUAGCGAUUAGUAUUCAAUAAUAUCUUUUCUUGCGUCAAAAUUUCAGUUAAAAAUAGUUACAAUUUCUUUUUCAUAUCUUAAUCCGUGCAAGACAACAAUAAAUUCAAUUUAAACU